GCAGGCGCAAAGCCGGCGAGGAACGCGGCGCCAUUUUGCCGGGUUCCUGUGAGGGGGGACGUGGAGUAGAGAGGGGAGGCCGCUGAAGCCGGGCUCGGAGUCGCCGCCACCAUCCCGCACUUCGCAUUCAGGGCGCCUGAGGGCGGGGGCCAGACUGAGCCUAGCCUCCCGCCGCCGCCGCCACCACAACCGACGGAGCAGAGCCAGUCCCGCCCCCGACGGUUCUGGGGACCCGAGAUGGCUGCGCAGUCCGCCCCGAAAGUUGUGCUCAAGAGCACCACCAAGAUGUCCCUCAACGAGCGCUUCACUAACAUGCUGAAGAACAAACAGCCGAUCCCCGUCAACAUUCGCGCCACUAUGCAGCAGCAGCAGCUAGCCAGCGCCCGCAACAGGAGGCUGGCCCAGCAGAUGGAGAACAGGCCUUCUGUGCAGGCCGCCUUGAAGCUCAAGCAGAGCUUGAAACAACGCCUGGGGAAGAGCAACAUCCAAGCGCGCUUGGGCCGACCGGCGGGACCUCUGGCUCGCGGAAUGCUAGGGGCCCGAGGGCUGCCCAUGGGUCAGAGAGGACUGCCCCGAGGAGCCAUGCGCGGCGGGCGUGGAGCGAGAGCGUUGCUACGGGGAGGAAUUCCCCUCAGAGGACAAAGUUUACUUCGGGGCGGGCGUGGCCUCUCUCCUAGGAUAGGCCUGAGAAGAGGAGGCCUCAGAGGGCGCGGAGGGCCUGGAAGAGGUGGGCUCAGCAGAGGCCCCAUGGGGCGUGGCGGAAUCGGAGGCAGAGGUCGCGGCAUGGCAGGCCGGGGCAGAGGCGGCUUCGGGGGCCGCGGGAGAGGCAGAGGGCGAGGCAGAGGCUCCGCCCGCCCGGCCCUGACCAAGGAGCAGCUGGACAACCAACUGGACGCCUACAUGUCCAAAACGAAAGGACACCUGGAUGCCGAGCUAGACGCCUACAUGGCCCAAACAGACCCAGAAGCCAACGACUGACGCCUGCUGCCCGGAGGCCCCUGUUGAGAUAGUCUUGUCUGUUUUCCUCCCCACCGCCCCUUCUGUAAGCCAUGAACAGCCACGGCUGAUCAGGCGAAGCGUCAGGGGCGGGGGGGGCCUUGCCAGCCUGAGGGGUGGGGAGGGGCAGGAGCUACAACUUUAACGUGUUCCUUUUACAUUUUGAUACUCUGCUGUUGUACAAAUUGUGGGGGGGGGGGGAGUUGUUUUUUUACAUAAAUAUAUACAAAUGUUUCUUAGCUUGGAACAUGAAUGUGACUCGACCUGCCGUCCCCAGGUUGCUCGGUGAAGCGAAAGUGCUGAGCUGUAAUCCGCCCUCCCCUUCCCUUCCCUAUAAAGCAGGGAAACCUUGCAUGUGUCACAGCUCUUUCUUUUCUCCACACACACAUACAUACACACACACAAAGCCUCGCUGCAGAAGGAAGGGCUCUGGUGCUGAUGAACUGUGACCUCGAGGCGAUGGCAGCUGCUUUACCGGUUGGAUUUCCCAGCAGCGGCUCUCGUGUCUGCCGUCUUCACCUUUUUCCGCCCACCGAUCCCUCCGUGUUCGGACAGGCUAGCUAGAGCCACAACCUCCCUCCUUCGCCUUCCCUCUGCCUUACCAAUUUUUUUUUUAAAGUUGAGUUCUCAAACCGUGAUGCAGCCAAACAGAGUCUCUGAACUUUACAGCUACCCUCUCCUUCGCAUCGCCACUCUCGUUUCCAGCCCGCCAGCUGGAUUUGCGUUCAGGAUACCACACCGUUGGUUCGGUUCUGCCACGAAGAUUUCUCGUAGGUUUUUUUUUUUUUUAAAUCCUGUUCUGUUCCGGCGCGAAGAGCAUCCUGUAUUCUCUGGUUCACUGUAAAACAAAACCGCAAAGAAAAAUAAUAAUUUGUGACUUUGA